ACGAGUGCACCUGUGUACCUAGUGCUCGAUCUAAUUACAUUGAUAACCGUCCCCUUAUCUGAUCCAGUAAAUGGAUAUCACUGUUUGAAAUGCAUAUAAAAAUGUGUAGCUCGAAAUUCAGAUAUACUAUCCAAUAACUAUCAGCUGAUUUUACUUUUGAUUAUUUCCCUUUAAAUAAACACUAUGGCUUCAGCUUCAAGUACAAGUGCUCGCAGUUUGUUCGUCGAGUCGAAAAUGAGAUUGGCAGAUAGAGUACAAGUUAAUGUUAAUAACAUUGCUUCUCUUGCCAGACAAAUUCAGAGGGGUUCAAAAAGCAGCGAAAUAUUAAUGCACAGCGCUAAAAAUUUUGCACAGCAAGAACACAGUUUAGAAACCGCUGAAACAAAUUUGACGAAACUUGCUCUUAUAGCUACGCAUUUAGAAUGUCAAAUAGAUUCCAUGAGUAGGAAUUCCAUAAUUUUGGAACAAGUUACGGAGCAAGUACGUGCUAUGCAGAGAUAAAUAUAUAAUUUGCUGCAUAUCUGGUUUAUAUUGUAUCCUUA